UGACAGUUUUGGUUUGUCAGUUUUGACCUUGAGACGGUUAGGACACAUCAAAUGUGCACAUGUUUAGCCGAGAUCCCUAUUGAUGUAUCUAUGCCCACAUACCUAGUCUCUCACCCUAUUUGUGUAGGUGACUGUGUAAAGGGAACAAGUAACAAGCAUAAUUCUUCCUCCAAUCACAGGUGUAGUUAGACUAAGAAUUUUUUGAUAUUUAAAUUAACUUGCAGCUUUAUCUGAAUGUAUAUUGAGACGGUAGACAGUUUAUAUAAGAAAAUCACUUCUGCACGUUUUUAUAUGUGAACACACACAAUUGUGUGUGCUAAACAGUGUCUGUAUAUGCUGUCCUAGUUUAUUGAUUGGUGCAAAGAAAUUUGUAGAAUGAUUUAAAACUUCAAUUAUGAUUAUUCCGAUUAUAUGUAGGUAGAUAGUUUGAAGAAUCGUAUUCCACUUUGAGGAUCCCUAAUGAGUUUAACCUGUAAUAUACGUAAUUUAGCUGAUCAGGUUAAAAAUAAAUUAGUUGGCGAACGUAGAAGAUCCUCGAGUUCACAUGAUUCAGAUAAUUCUACAGAAAUCACUGAUAAACAUCGCAGUCGUAUUACUAUUCAGCCUAUUCAGCAGCAAAAACAAUUAGAUAAACAACAUCGAAUGUCUACUACAACGACGAUGACGACGACAACAACAACAUCUCAACAGCACAAAAUUCGUGGACAAAGUAGUUCACCAAACAGUUCCCCAAUAAUUGAUCCCAGUGAUAGAUCGAUAGUGUUUGGACCGAAGACUGUGGAUGAUCAUAAAAGAUCACAAAAGCAACACCAACCUCAAUUGGUGAAAUCGAUGUGUCAAUGUCAAGUGAAAUGUUCAAUUGCAAGUCAAGCAGGAUCCUCACCACCUAGUAGUAAUAACAGAAAUAAUAUUCAGUCUACUUCUCAUUCAUCAUGCUUCCAUAAUAUGCAGAAAUCACGUAAUACUUCCACAAGUAAAACGUAUAAACAAUCCACCUCCUCUUCUAUUCCUUCACAUGUUAUUAAAGAACAUACAUGGAAUUGUUCAGAAGAUGAAACAGAUAACAACACUGUAUCAGAAUCAUCAUUAAAAAAUCAUAUAUGCAAUCAAACCCAUAAAUGUCAUCAACACCACCAGUCUAAACAACAUUUACAUGUUCCAAAUAAUGAACAGUCAAGACAUGAUUUAAAUCACAGUGAAUGUCAACGUGAAAGUAGAAUAGCAUCAACAUCUCAUGUUCAUUCUCAUUCAUGUGACCAACAUUCAGGAAUUGAUGUUAACUCCAAUGCUAAAAAUAACACUGCUACUACUCCUAUAAUGGCCACCAAUAAAAGUAGUGGGAACAGUCAAAUCAUAUCUGAUAGUCUACAAGUAUCUGGUAUAAGUUUAAAUCAAACUACUCAUCAUCCUUUCAUGAAUAACCAUAUACAACAACAGUAUGGUUCUACAUUCUUUAUACCAGUUAUUCCAGAUUUGUCCAUUCCAGAGAAUGAGACACGUUCUGGUAGUCUAGGCAGUGCAUAUCCAACACACUGCAUACCGUAUCAUUUUGGACAUAGUAGAUAUGAUUUAUUUCAUGGACACAACCGUCAUCAUCACCAGAAUCAGCAUCACCAUCAUAGAGACAAUCAUGGUAAUAACAAUAUAAUACUCAAUAAUAUGAAAUCAGUACACACAGAAAAAUAUAAUAAUCCAAGACUAACAAUGAGUUAUUCAGAGUUAUUGAAUUCAAUGGUUCCACAAAACCGUCAUCAGCAACAGUUCAAUUUGUGUAAUCAUAAUAAUGAGGACAAUUUCCAAGGAUUAGAUCAUCUAACCAAAUCUCAAGUUAUUAAUUCAAACAGCAGUAAUAAUAUAUCCAUUGGAUCACUAAACACUGAUCAACAACUUACUGACGAUAACAGUACAGAAGACAGGUCAAGAAAUCCUAGAGUAUUACUGAACAAUUCAGAAAUGAAUGAUUUCAACGACCCAAGUCAAUCUUACUCACACUCAAUACAGCCAAUUUCACAAUAUAAUUCUAUUUUAUCUUCAGAUGAUAAAAAUACAACCAGUGUAGAAUUGAAUCCACCUGUUUUGCCUACACGUACAAGUUCAUUAAUUAUGCAUAAUAAAAAAUGUCAUUUGUUGAAUAAAACAAUAAAUACCAAUUUGUCAAUAAAUACUGCAUUACAAUCAUGUAUAACUGCUGGGUCUUCGUCUGCUACUGAUGCUACAGUUUGUUGUAUGCAACAAAGUAUGAUAGAUUAUCCUAGUAAUUAUGAUGUAACUAGUACACAGUUUAUAAUGAAUAAUCUUUUUCAAUCUCAACAAUUAAAUCUACCUGAAAAUACUCAUUCACGUAGUCGUAGUGUACUUUCAUCAAAAAGAAAUAAAAUAAAUAAUUUAAGAAACUAUGAAAACACCUCAGAAUCGAUAACAAUUAAUACAUCAACGGAGACUAUUUGUAAUAAUGAACCACUGACAACGGUAUACUCACAACAAUCACCUUCACUGUCUCAUCACGAAUUAUUACCAAGUCAUAAUAGUGAAGCAGUGAGUAUGAAUGAAGAGAAUGAAAGGUCACUGACAGUUGCAUCAAAUGGUUCAUCAAAAGAAAAAGCAUCAACUUCUUCAAAUGAGUCACCACUUAUUUGUAGUAAGUCCUUCAUUUCUGACUGUAUUCCGACAAGUCCUUCAUGUGGAGCUUUGGAGCAAUUUAUACCCACAAAUCAUGCUUCCAGACUACUUGGUCGUAUGUCUGAUAAAUUACGUGAUGGUCGGUUGGCAGACGUAAUUCUUAUCGCUGGAAUUAAGUCAACCUCUGGGAAUUUAUCCUUGUCAUCAUCAUCACCCUCACCAUACACAAAAUGUUUAAAUUUAACCUCGGAUCACAUUCAUACCUCGGCCACUAAAACCGAUUUAAGUAGUGUAACUGGUGAAUCAAUUGUUCGAAUACCAGCACAUCGUGUUAUAUUAGCAGCAGCGAGUGAUUAUUUUGCUGCGAUGUUUGGGAAUGAACUGAAAGAAGCCUCAGAACAAGAGAUUUGGAUUCAUGAUGUUGAACCACACUCACUGAAGACAUUGAUCAAUUAUAUUUAUACAGGUAAUCUGGAUCUACGUGAAGAGACUAUUGGGGAUUUGUUGGCAGCAGCUUGUUUCUUACAAAUCACUGAAGCAUCACAAGCAUGUGAAAGAUUUCUAACUAAACGCUUAGAUGCAACAAACUGUCUAAGUAUGUCACGUUUAAGUGAACAGUAUGGAUGUGAGUUGCUGAGGAAGCGUUCGACAAAAUUUGUAUUGGAACACUUUUCUGAUGUUGCCCAACAAUCAGAUUUUCUGAAUCUCAGUUUCAAAGAACUUGUUGCAUUGGUAUCAUCUGAUCGUUUACGAGUUUCAAAUGAGGCGACAGUAUUUGCAGCCUGUUUAAGAUGGACUAGAAAUGCACGAUCUCAAGACUACAGGCCAGAAAACGAAGGGAAUGAAUCAUUAUUGGCUAGUUUACUGAAAUAUGUACGACUAACACAAUUACCUCCACGGUUACUGAUUGAUGCUUUGGAAAAGGAGACAUUAUUUCAAGAAGAUCUUUUAGCGAUACGUUUAGUUAUAUCUGCACUACGAGUACAUUUCUCAUCAGAUUCAUUCUAUUCACAAAUACAUAAAACUCAAACAAGAACUAACUUGGACUGUUGUCUGAAGUACAACACAGCGACAGCAACAGCAAAUAAUACUGCUAAUACCACUACUACUGCUACUAACAGUAACAUUUGUAGUUUGAACAAUAGUAUACUUGAUACAACAACAUCAUCCUUAUCAUCUCCGUCAUCAUUGUCUUCAUCAGCUGAUGACCAGUUAGCAAAUGAACCAAAAUCAAUAAAAACUCUAACUCAACAACAGACAGAAGAAAAUAAUAGCCAAAGUUGCAGUUAUCAUCGGUAUCAUCACCAUCAUCGAGACCAACCUUAUCAGUCUCCGCAGUUCAGUACAAGAGAAACAGAACAUCAAAUUAUUAAUAGUCAUGAAAGUUAUAUGCUUAUUACCAAACCAAGACCAUCGACAAUUGGACGUUUGUGGGCUCUUGGUGGGAAAACAAUGACAACAACACGUGCAUUACAAGAGAUACUUGAAUAUGAUCCAUAUUGGAAUACUUGGAGAACAAUCGGCCAACUGCCUGGACAAAGACAACAAUGUGGUUGUACUAUAUUAGUAGACGGGCGUCUGUUAGUCGUUGGUGGUCGAGAUGAAUUGAAGACGUUAAGUACAGUGGAAUGUAUCAAUAUUGAAGAAAUGUCUCAAAUUAAUGAAUUUAAUGCAGAAUAUCAGAAAAAACUUAGCAAUAAAUCUCCACUGGAAACAUCGUCAAGACCCAGGGCACUAAGGAAUCGUUCGAGGCAGAACAGUGCUGAUCGUAAUGAAAUUAGAACCAAUACAAAUAAUCGUGAUUUAUGUAUUGAGUCUAAUGGCAACACUAUUACUGGUUCCGCGGCCAAUGCUGUUUCGACUUCUACGACUGCUGUUUAUCGAUCAGAACAGCAGAUACAACAUAAUCCACUUAAUUCUACUGCAACAAAUAACAAAGAAACACAGAAUAAAGAAGAGUAUGGCAGUUGGAAGAUCGUCUCAGCGAUGGCAACACAUCGACAUGGGCUUGGUGUAGCAGUCUUAGAAGGUGUUGUUUAUGCAGUUGGUGGGCAUGAUGGAUGGUCUUAUUUGAAUACUGUAGAAAGGUGGAAUGGUAAAGCUAAGGCCUGGUCUCCCGUUACUCCUAUGGCUGUUCAACGUAGCACCGUUGGAGUUGCUGUUCUUGAAGGACUAUUAUACGCUGUUGGUGGUCGAGAUGGAAGUGCUUGUCUUCGAACUGUGGAAAGAUUUAAUCCACAUACACAACAUUGGUGUUUUAUUGCUCCUAUGCUACAUCGUCGAGGUGGUGUUGGAGUAGGUGCUGUUGGUGGGCGUUUGUAUGCAGUUGGUGGUCAUAAUGCACCACCUAAUCAACCACAUGCAUUAAGAACAGCUAGUGUUGAAAUGUAUGAGCCACGUACUGACAUGUGGACAGAAGUAUGUGCUUUAUCAUCUCCAAGAGAUUCUAUAGCUGUGACUACACUUGGAUAUAAACUUUACGCUUUAGGUGGACAUGAUGGACAGACGUAUACUGAACGUGUAGACGUUUACGAUCCAGAAGAAAAUAAAUGGACUGAGGCAGCUCCCCUACCAAGUGGACGUGCUGGAAUCGCUGUAGCAGCCAGUGGUCCAGGUGUAACAGAUGCAAAUUCCAGUAUCAAACUGUCAUACCAUAAAGUUGAUCCACUUAUAUAAUUCACAAAAUGAAGCAAUUACAUAGCAGCAAAACAAAAAUUUGAGAUGAAAAUUUCUUAAAACCUUAAUUGUUUGUAUAUUAUAACCUUUUCUUUUCAAUGAAUAUGUUGAUUAACUUGGGAAUUUUUCAAUCAUGAAAAUAAUCAGUAAAUUCUAUUGAAGGCGUUUGACCAACUGCCCGCUUCUUGCGCAGUAAAAUUACCCAGUUUUGACAUAUUCACUCAUUUGGUUACCAAAUAAAAAUAAGUACUGAAAAAGAAACAGUCAUGUGAAAGUUUUAUCAUUGUUAACAAACUCAGUGGUUCUUGAUUACUUUACUGACACUUGGGUAGAUUUUCGCUACUCAACUGUACUGUCAACAGAGUCUUCUAUCUAGCCU